ACUCUCUCUCCUCAUCGACCCCGUUCCUUCUCACAGUGUGCGGAGGAAAGAGAGAGAGUGAAAAGGCGCCUCUGAUUACUCCGACUGAACCGAGGCAUGAGCGAUACCCCCCUCCUCCUCUCUUUCUCUGCGCCGGAACUCGGGUGACUGGAGCGCGCGUGUCACAGUGACAGCUCCACCAACGAAAGAGACGAGACAGAUUAUCGGGGAACAGCCUCUGUAGCUUUGUUGAACACUCGGUGCUGCAACAGCAAACACCAAAAACUCACGCGCUCUUUUCAGAGAACGGACACAGCUUCUGAUGCACCUGUGUCUGCAUGCACCAGAGAUAACUAUAAACUCGGUGACUGGAUUUACAGUUAUACACCCACGAACUAAACCGUCUGGAAUCUAUCAGGAAAAUAACGUUUUUUUUUCUUCCAGGGGCGCAAUACACCUGUCGACAGCAUCUAACUCUGCUCGGUAAAUCUGCUCGAGACGUUCUCAAUGCCAUCAGAUACCGCCACACUAAACACCCUCGCCUCUCCCCAGAACUGAAAGGAGAGAGGGAUAGUCAAGAGAGGGGAAAGGGAAGACGGAAAGAGAUAUAUAAAUAAUAACUAUUCUUUACCAGGAGCUAGAUUUCUCAUUUUACUUGAACAUUGGCAUGGCAACCUAGGGCAUCAACAGGCUACAAAUCCUACCGCCCUAACUAUUUAACGGACCCUCAGUGCAUUACUCAUGCUUAUUUAUUUAAGCAACCUGAAUGAUUAAUUUAAUAAUAAAGAAGAAACAGUUUAUUGAAGUUCCAUUUUCCCGGAGCAGUGGCUGAAUAUCCUCGCCUCCCCUCCCCUUGGUCGGACUCGGACACUUGACUCUGCUUCAGCUGGUGAAGAGUCCGGUAAGCCGGACGGACCGACGUCCGCAACACGCGAACCCCUGCGCAUGGGGGAGCGUGGCCCCACAAGGUCGGAUGUCGUGCAGCACGUGCUAUUACCUGGUCAUCAGCUCCACACACCUGAGCAACGGCCACUUCCGGCGUGUGAAAGGUGUCUUCAGGGGACCACUCUGUCUCACGGCCUCCAACCAAUCACCGGAUCAUGGUGAGAGUGCAGCAGGUACAGUGGAGAAUGAUGGGAAGUCGAGUUUCUUCUGUCAGCUGUGUGAUAAACAGUACCUGAGACACCAGGAGUAUGACAACCAUAUCAACUCCUAUGACCACGCACACAGACAGAGACUGAAGGAGUUGAAGCAGAGGGAGUUUGCUCGGAACGUUGCGUCUAAGUCGUGGAAGGACGACCGCAAGCAGGAGAGAGCUCUGAGACACCUGCACCAACUAGCACUGCUACGACAACAGACACACAGGGUACCAGGCCAGGUUGAUAGGUUCCGAGGGACAGUGAGAGCUGAGAUCCAGCAUUCAGAGAGACACUGUGGAGAGAAAGACAACAGACCAGGGGACCGCCAUGUUCCCUUGACCCAAACAGGGUUCAUCCAAACCACAGGGAACUCCCAGCGACCCGCUGUUACCCUACCUCUAACCAAGCCCCAGACGAUCCCUCUCAGCCUCCAGGGAGAGGACUCCCCCCAUCUCCAGACCAAGCCUCUCUCCAACUCCCAGCCCCAGCAGCCAGAGAACCCUACCCACAUACCCAUCUUCCCUGGAGGGCCCUUCCAAGCCUCCCCACCCCCAGCCUUGCAUUCCAGAUGUGGACCUUCUCUGGAGGAUCCCCAGCCUCGCCUGAACAGAUCUUCCCAGGACCCUGCCUUUCCGUGGGGCAGAGACAGAGGAAGGGUGGGGGUCUCCUUCUGUUUCUCCAGGAGGGGCCCAAGGCUAGAGCCAUCUGCCUCUGUCUUCUCAGACCAGCAAGAGGAGGAGGGGAGAGGAGGAAGAGUGCAGAUGAAGAAGGGAAGGGGAGAAGAUGAGCUACGUCUACGUCACCCAGACAACCUGUUACUAGGGCAACCAACCAACAGCCUUCACCCUGGAAACCAGACAGAACCCUCAGGCGGGGAAGAGGGGGAGGAGAGAGGAGAGAAGAGAGGAGGGGAGGAGAGAGACAGGUUCUCUGCCAGCCAUGACCCAGGCUGUCCUACCCACAACGUCAGACUGAGAGAAACAGACCAGAGCCCUGAACAUGGGACAGCAAAUGAUAGGGAGAAGGGGGAGGAGGGGGAUGAGAGGAACAGGAGUACAGAGCACAGACAACAGGGCCAUGAGGUGAAUCAGACUACUAUGUCUUCUUAUCUCCAUGUGGUUGCCAGAGACGGAUCCACCCGUCUGAGAUGGCCAGUAAAACUGCUGCAGUUUACCACAGCCAAACCUCACCUCUCCUACAGCUGCAAGCCCACACACUGGCAACCCCACACCAACCCACCACACUUUAACCCUGAACACAACCACAGUCAAACCAAGUCACACUGUAACCACUCAGCAAGCCAGCAGGAGACGGAGGAGACGCAGGAGACGCAGGAGAAACACACAGAGGAGUCCGACUCCCUCAUGUUCUCUAGCUCCCAGCCUCCUCCUCAGGACACAGAAAAUGUAGAAUCCAAUACAGAUCUAUAUACAGAGACAGGCGGGACAGAUGAGGGAGCCAUACACUCAUCAUCCUGUCAUGUUGUAGAGAAGACAGAAGCACAUGGAGUGACAGCAGCCUUCCAGGCAGAAGCAACAGUGCCAGAGAGUGGAGGUGAAUCUGGGUUGAGAUGGCACCACCCCCUCUUCGGGAACGGUGACCCCCUUUGCAGUGACAACACUCACACAAACCCCCACAAUCCCCAGGGAGGCAGAUUAGAAGGACAUGUGAGACAGGAGAGAGAACGAGCCAUCAGAACCCCCAGGCCUAAAUUAGAGGCUGUCAUCCAGCCCUGUGCCGCCUUGUGUGUGUGUGCAAGCAAGGUUAGAUGUGUGUGUACGCACGCUGCCAGCUCGCGCACACACUCUGUGGGCGGUUCAGUAAGCACUCCAACAGAUGUGUCAUGCCGAAAUGUAAACGACAGCACAAAGAAGAAGAGGAGGAGAGGGGAAAGGCAUAAUGGGACUUCAAAGAAGUGCGAGGGAGAGCGGCAGCGUCUUAGGAGCGCCAUAACCUCUGUUUCCACCUGGUGGGGCGGAAAGAGGAGAUGUGACAGAGACAGAGGGGGAGAAGGAGACAGGGAAAUAGAGCGGGAGGGAGAGACGGGCGGGAAGAGGAGAAGAAAGGCAGGGGGGAAGAGGAGGAGAGGGAAGAGGAGGAGGGGUGGGACUCUGUGCCUGGUGGGGGAGUGUGACUCUGAGUCUGUGCCCUGCUCUGACAGACAGAGGCUUCACAGGAGUCACAGUAGAGACCAACAUCACUAUAACUAUAACUCUGCCUCCCUGUUCAACACAGCACAAAGAGUCAGAGAGAGGACAGAGUAUUACAGCACAGAGUCUCAGCUGUAUAGAGAGAUAGUCAGAGAGAGAUAUGGAGAGGUAGAGAGAGGAGAAAGGGAGGGAUGGCCUUUCUACUGGUGUUCAGACUCCUCUCUGUGUACUACUUCCGGGUCGCCCUGGGGAAAGGCUCACAACCUCCCAGUGGCAUAUGAUGGUCUCCAUGGUUGCCACGGGGACAACCCAGUCUACAGUCGUCAUGACAACAUCCCUGGUAGCAGUAUUUCCUGUAGCCCAGUGAGGAAGAUUAAAUACAUCCACAGAAACAGGAAACACAUGAAUAGAAAGUGGUCAGAGAGUGAGGAGUGGGAGAGAACAGAGAGUGGGAGGAGGGAGAGCUGGGAUGGAGGGAGUAGAGGCUGGUGGGAGAGAGGGAGCAGGGAGAGGGGUGGUAGGGAGAGAGGGAACAGGGAUAGGGGGAGUAGGAGGCAUGGUUUGGUAAGCAAGGGAUCCAGUCCUGGAGGAGUCAGUGGAGGGGGCUGGCAUGGGUACCUCUCGACCCCCAGUUACAGGACUCUGGAGGGGGACAGGGGAUGGAGGUCUAGUCCUGGCGAGGAAGAGGUCUGGGACAGGGGACCAGGGAACUCAAGCCCAGACAGAUGUACCUGGGGCAGCAGUGACAGUUGGGAGGAUAGGAGGACAUACGAGGACAGAUACAGCUGGGAUGACAACUGGGAGAGACAGAGGUCCACUGAAGGUAGAAAAAGCUGGAGCAGGUGGGAGAAGGGAUCACAACCUAGCCCCAGCCCUGAUUGUUUUAGCUGGGACUGGGUUAGCAGAUGCCCUGACCUUAGACACAGCCCCAGUCCUGGCUCCCAGUCUGUCCCCAGUGUGCAGGUUACCAGAUGCCCCAUCUCCAGCACCAGCCCCUGGCCUGAUUCUAGCCCUGACUGGCUGCCCCGACGGCCCAGCCCUGGCUCCUGUAGCAGCAGCACCAGUGUGUCAGACCUGAGUGGGGGGUGGAGUAGCGUUAGUACCCGCUCAAGACUCAUCUUGACUGGGAGAAAAACAACAGGGGUGCCCAGGCGAGCACCAUCUCCCUCACCCACAAAGGAGAAACACCAAGCCUCCAGCCUUAAACCUACUCCUCCUAUACCUCUGCCCAGCACUGAUACCACCCAUCCACAGCACAGGAGACCCAACCCCACAGCACAGCCUACAUGUCUCUCAGACAGAGAGCCCAAAGCCCCCCCAAAGCCCAGAGAGGGGAACCCCAGCAGAACUCUGCUACUGCCACUUAUUGGGAAACUACCAGCGAUCAGGAGAGGAACUAAGAGACGAGGGGCAGAAAGAGAGAGGGAGGGCCCUGACCAAACAGAGAAACAGGAUCACAAUCAAGACCAGGUCCAGACACAGGACAAGGACCACAAUCAAGACCAGGUCCAGACACAGGACCACAACCAAGACCAGGUCCAGACACAGGAACACAACCAAGACCAGGUCCAGACACAGGACAAGGACCACAACCAAGGGAAGGAGAGUAUGAAGAAUGGAGCAGUCCAAAGUGGUCGACCGUGCCCUCAACCCCUCUCGUCUCAGAGCCCUGAGAAAACUGGAGAGGACAUAUCCUGUCCUUCCCUGACAUCACAUCCUGCUGUGACCUCAUAUCCGGCCCUAACUUUACCUCACAGCGGUCAGUGGUCACAAGACCCCUCCCCUCCUCUGGCUCAACAGCCAAUCAGCUUCAGCGCUGAGGAGAUGGGCAAGUAUCGCUGUCUGCAGGAGCAGGCACGAGAGCACAUGCAGAGACUGCUACAGGGGACAGAGACACACACACCGGCACACACAUGCCAUACCCCCUCCCCAGAGCCAUACACACAACCCACACACACACGUACACAUGUGGCACACACUCAAGAGAAAAAAACACACUCCACUUCCCUAAAUACCUCUCUAAAGCUAGACGCACACCCCGUACAAACACAGCUCUUACAGACACACUCUACCCCCAGCCUCCCCCCUCCUCAUCCCCCUGUCACCAUACCGCAGCCUCUAAUGACCCAGCCUCCUCCACUCACCCUUCAUCCUUUCAUUCUACAACACACAUCUUUUAGUAUGGCACUCUCAUCACCCUCCUCUACCUCUUCCUCUCUCGCCCCCCACACCUCACCACCUCAUCACCUGACCCUCCUACACCCCCCUCUCCCCCAUCCAUUCUCCAUAUCUUCUAUCUUUCCCUCCAUUCUUCUCUCCCAUCCUCCUCUACAUCUCCUCCCUCCCUCCCCUGCCUUCCACCCCUCUCCCCUCACCGCUCUCUCCCCCCUCACACUGCCACCACCGAGACCACCGUAUCCAGAAAGACUUUGGUCAUUGAGGUUUCAACAGAAAGCAUUAUGAUGCUCUCUGAUGACAUCACAUAGUAAUACAAUGCCAUGUUAGCAACUCCUGGACAAUAAUGCCCCAUACAGUAUAACAAUCCACUGAAUUUUCUUAAUUUGUGUGUGUAUGCGUGCAUGUGUUUUUGUAUGAGUGCAUGCGUGUGUGAGCAUGAGUGUGCAUUUCGUCGCUGUCUGAUGAAAACCUUUUAACUCCAUUUUUGCCCAUUUCCAUGUUUAUACAUGUAUUGGAAGCAUUAACUCCCCUCAAUGUACUCAAAAUAGCUUCUGAAGUUUCAUAAUUGUAUGUUUGUUAAUAAAAAAUAACAUUUAAAGCCUGAAACGUUGAGGGAUGAGGUUUUCCUUCGACAGUGACUGUGUGCACGAGAGAGAAGCUCCUUUUGAUCCCCAUUUAAGUAUGAAUCAAGGGAAACCGUGCACCUGCUAAGACAAGCUGGCUUCCUCUCAUCUCUUUCUUCCUCUCUGAACGUCAGGCACACUGGCUGUCUUUUGAAGUACCGUCAUACUGGCUGUCUUUAGAAGUACCGUCAUACUGGCUGUCUUUAGAAGUACCGUCAUACUGGCUGUCUUUAGAAGUACCGUCAUACUGGCUGUCUUUAGAAGUACCGUCAUACUGGCUGUCUUUUGAAGUACCGUCAUACUGGCUGUCUUUUGAAGUACCGUCAUACUGGCUGUCUUUUGAAGUACCGUCAUACUGGCUGUAUUCAGAAGUACCGUCAUACUGGCUGUCUUUUGAAGUACCGUCAUACUGGCUGUCUUUUGAAGUUCCGUCAUACUGGCUGUCUUUAGAAGUACCGUCAUACUGGCUGUCUUUAAAAGUACCGUCAUACUGGCUGUCUUUAGAAGUACCGUAACACCCGAGAGAGAGAGAGCGACAGACAGACGCCCAGGCCGUGAGCAGAGCACUAGGCCCAAUCCCCACUCCUACACCCGCCCAAGCCCCAUUCAGCCCCAAGCACAACACUGGACACUAUGGAACACAAAGCUUUUACUAUAUCUAGAACCUAACACAACUAUGACAAAACAACCAACAAAAACGGGUCACAAAUCCUGCAACUCUAUCGCAUGCUGGGUCUGGUAGGUUUCGAGGGGACUCCUUCAGUAGAUACACUUAAAACAGUGUUGGCAGUUGUACUGUAGACGACUAUCACCGAACUCAAUCCAGAGUCUGACACCCCUAUCAGAUCACAGCAAAAUUACAGUUUCUUGAACAGAGCAAUACUCAGCAUGAGGCAUCAGAGCCGAACAAACUGCAUGCUAUUAAGGAAUGUUAUAGAUGGAAGGAAAGUAGUGUAGAAACCUACCAAAAAACAAUUGGCAAACAAAAAUGUAAUCCCUCUUGGACAACUUCCUGGACAAAACAUUUCACUGCAAUAGUGAAGGUGUAAACCUGUAGUAGAAAGCCUAAACUGAAUAUUUGACCUUUCAGCUUCCCUAUCAAAUAAAAAAAUUCCAAGCAGACAACCUAAGAAAAUGAACAACAAUGACAAAUGGUUUGAUGAAGAAUGCAAAAACCUAAGAAAGAAAUGUAGAAACCUAUCUGUUCAAAAGCAGAGACCCAAAAAACCUGAGCCUACGUCUUCACUAUGGUGAAAUAUUAAAUCACUACAGAAAUACACUAAGGCAAAAGAAGGGACAGCACAUCAGAAAUCAGCUCAAUGUAAUUGAAGAAUACAUAGAAUCAAACCACUUCUGGGAUCAACACAAAGAGCUAUCUAUCCAAAAUGGAGAUGUAUGGAUAAACCACUUCUCCAUCUUUUUGGUCAUACACUCUUAGAAAAAGAGGGUUCCAUAGGAGAAACCUUUUUGGUUCCAGAUAAAAUCUUUUUGGGAACCAAAAAUAGUUUUUCAAAUGGUUCUCCUAUGGGGACAGCCGAAGAACCCUUUUAGGUUCUAGAUAUACAUGCUUAGAUUGUGCUAACAAAAAACAAAGAGCAAAAACGUAUGCAUGAUAAAUUACAAAUCUUGAAUCAACUAUUAAAGACAACCAGAACCCACUGGAUUCUCCAAUUACAUUGAAUGAACUACAGGACAAAAUACAAACCCUCAAAAGGCCUGUGAUGUUGACAAUAUCCUUAACAAAAUAAUCAAAUAUACAGACCUCAGCUCUGGCACCUUCUCCAAAAUUUGGAACCAAGGCCUGAUCACCCUAAUCCACAAAAGUGGAGACAAAUCCGACCCCAAACACUACCAUGGGAUAUGCCUCAACAGCAACCUCUGGAAAAUCCUCUGCAGCAUCAUCAACAGCAGACUCCUACAUUUCCUUAGUGAAAACAAUGUCCUGGGCAAAUGUCACAUUGGCUUUUUACUAAAUUACUGUACGACAGAUCACGUAUACACCCAAACUGACAAACAAACAAAACAAAAGCAGUCUUCUCAUGCUUUGUUGAUUUCAAAACAAGCUUUUGACUCAAUUUGGCAUGAGGGUCUGCUACACUGCUCAAAGAAAU